AAUUAGGGUUUUAGGGCACAUAUUACAGAAACUACACAGACAAAAUGAGAAGAAUAAUCUUUGUAGCUCGUUAUAAAAUACCCAUCUCCCAAUUUCAAUCCGGACAGCCUCCUUCCAAUCCGAAUCACUGUUUCUUCUCAUCAGGAACUGUAGACAAUGCAUCUGUUAAUGGAAUUCAAAGAAAAAGUUCAGAGGGAUCAUUCGGUUCGACUUCAAAAACCAGUCUUUCUCCCGAGACGGAUACGCGAUGGUCAGGGCUCAUUCGCCUUGACGACAAGUCUGGACGUGUGCCCCAUGAUCAACCCUACGAUGAAUUUUCGGGUGAUGUUGAGAAGGUUUAUAGGAUUUUAAGGAAGUUUCACACGCGGGUUCCGAAAUUGGAACUUGCUUUGCAACAAUCCGGUGUUGUGGUCCGCUCAGGGUUGACAGAACGCGUGUUGAACCGUUGUGGGGAUGCGGGAAAUUUAGGAUACAGGUUCUAUGCGUGGGCGUCGAAACAACCUGGCUAUAGUCAUAACCAUGAUGUGUACAAAGCGAUGAUCAAAAGUUUAGGGAAAAUGCGGCAGUUCGGUGCGGUAUGGGCGCUUAUCGAGGAAAUGAGGAGAGAGAACCCGCAGCUUAUAACGCCCCAGGUGUUUGUUGUAUUGAUUAGAAGGUUUGCUUCGUCUAGAAUGGUUAAAAAAGCAGUCGAGGUGCUCGAUGAAAUGCCCAAGUACGGGUGUGAGCCGGAUGAGUAUGUGUUCGGGUGCUUGUUAGAUGCGUUGUGUAAAAACGAUAGCAUUAAAGAAGCCGCUUCACUUUUCGAAGACAUGAGAGUUCGGUUUCCACCGACGAUUAAACAUUUCACCUCGUUGCUAUACGGUUGGUGUAAAGAAGGUAAACUAAUGGAGGCCAAGUUCGUAUUGGUACAGAUGAAAAAUGCCGGUUUUGACCCUGACAUUGUUGUUUACAACAAUUUGCUUAACGGGUAUGCGCAAGCGGGGAAGAUGGUCGACGCUUUUGAUCUUUUACAAGAAAUGAGAAGAAAAGGUUGUGACCCAAACGCAACGUCUUUCACCAUUUUGAUUCAAGCACUUUGCGGUCAAGAAAAAAUGGAUACCGCGAUGCAGGUUUUCUCCGACAUGGAGAAACACGGUUGCGAGGCUGAUGUUGUUACGUACACGACAUUAAUAAGCGGGUUUUGUAAACGCGGAAAAACCCAAAAGGGUUACGAGCUUCUGGAUCACAUGAUACAAAAGGGUCAUGUUCCGAAUCAAACAACGUACUUACAUAUUUUAAACGCUCACGAAAAGAAGGACGAGUUAGAAGAAUGUUUAGAACUUGUAAACGAGAUGCAAAAAGCCGGUUGUUACCCCGAUCUUAUCAUUUACAAUACUAUUAUCCGGUUAGCAUUUAAGUUAGGAGAGGUUAAAGAAGGGAUUCGCGUCUGGAACGAGAUCGAAGCAAGUGGGCUAAGCCCGCGACUCGACAAUUACGUGAAUAUGAUCCACGGGCUUAUCGAUCAAGAAUGUCUCGUUGAAGCUUCUGAGUACUUCAAAGAGAUGGUUGAAAGGGGUCUGUUUUCGACCCCACAAUACGGGCUUUUGAAAGAUCUAUUGAAUUCGUUGUUACGAGGUGAUAAAGUUGAAUUAAGCAAAGAUGUAUGGAGUUGUGUUAUUAACAAGGGGUGUGAGCUUAACGUUUACGCGUGGACAAUUUGGAUUCAUGCGCUUUUUACGAAAGGGCAUGUGAAGGACGCGUGUUCUUACUGUUUGGACAUGAUGGAUGCUGGUGUGAUGCCGCAACCGGAUACGUUUGCUAAGCUUAUGAAGGGUUUGAGAAAGCUGUAUAACAGACAGAUUGCGGUUGAGAUUACGGAGAAGGUGAGACAGAUGGCGGCUGAGAGGAAGAUAAGUUUUAAAAUGUAUAAAAGGCGCGGUGAGAGGGAUUUGAAAGAGAAAGUUAAGGCGAAAAAUGAUGGUAGGAAACGAAGGGCGCGUAGACGUCAGUGGGGCAGUUCUAAAGCUGGUUUGAUUUGAUAACAGUUUUGAGCAGAUUAUUAUUAGUGUGAGCUAGUUGUAACAUGCGAGGCAUUUCACAUUGAUGUAUAUAGUUUCAAUACAAAUUUUGAUUGAUCUAUUCUGUUA